AUGUCUGCGCCCGCCGCCCCUACGACAGCGACUCCCCCCGUCGCCUUCAACCGUCUUAAGCAGAUUGCUACGGAUGCUUGCCAAUCAGCCAUCGGCUCUGCUGAGUUCUACGAUCACGCUAAGACCGAGACAUGGAACUCUCAGAUCAUUUCCUCCGUUCUGAAGGCCGUCAUCUCUGAGUCGACACCCCAAGGCGGCUCCGCACCCGCAUACAAGUUUGCCUGCAACUCGACAAUCGUCCAGCACCUCGUCCCGACAUCCUCUCUCAACAAGUCCAAGGGCACCUCCGUUAAGGAGGAGGAGCCCUCCGUCUCCACGAGCGCCGAUGCGACCGCCACUGACGGCAAGCCCCACGUCGGCCGCCGCGGCAUGCACUCCGCCACCGGCGCCUACUGGGACGAGAAGAAGGACGGCAUGUGGUCCUACAAGUACGAUGGCGGCGAGGGCAAGGGCAUGGAUGUCGUGAUCAUGCUCAUCUGGGUCGCAAUCUAA